AUGGCUUCACCUAAUAGAGGAAGAGGUAGAAUGGUUUCAAGUAGUAGAGGAAGAGGUGAAGCCAAUGCAUCAUCAAUAUCACACCAGCAUCAUCAACUUCAUCAAGAUAACAACAUUAACAACCUGAACGACAGAAAUAAUAAAAGAGAAUCAUUAUCAAUGAGAAAAGCCAUAGCUCAGUACACAGAAGACGCAAGACUCCAUGCCGUUUUCGAACAAUCCGGCGACUCUUUCGAUUACGCACAAUCCAUUCGUGCCACAGCAGCUACUGAAUCAGUUCCCGAACAACAAAUCACUGCUUACUUAGCCAAAAUCCAACGCGGUGGUUUCAUUCAACCUUUCGGUUCAAUGAUCGCCGUCGACGAAGAUUCUUUUCGAGUUCUUGCUUACUCUGAAAACGCACGUGACAUGCUUGGUAUCGCUCCUCAAUCGGUUCCUUCCAUGGAAGAUGAUUCGUCGUCUUCUUCGUUUUUCGCUUUAGGUGUUGAUGUUCGGUCUCUUUUUACUAAUUCAAGUUCUGUUCUUCUUGAGAAAGCUUUUUCAGCUCGGGAGAUUAGUUUAAUGAAUCCUAUUUGGAUCCACUCUAGAGCUACUGGUAAGCCUUUUUAUGGAAUUCUUCAUAGGAUUGAUGUUGGUGUUGUUAUUGAUUUGGAGCCUGCAAGAUCUGAGGAUCCGGCGCUUUCCAUUGCUGGUGCUGUUCAGUCUCAGAAGCUUGCGGUUCGGGCGAUUUCGCAGCUUCAGGCGCUUCCUGGUGGUGAUGUUAAGCUUCUUUGUGAUGCUGUUGUGGAGAGUGUUAGGGAAUUGACUGGUUAUGACAGGGUUAUGGUUUAUAAGUUUCAUGAGGAUGAGCAUGGUGAGGUUGUUGCUGAGAGUAAGAGGGUUGAUUUAGAGCCUUAUAUUGGUUUGCAUUAUCCUGCUACUGAUAUUCCUCAGGCUUCUAGGUUUUUGUUUAAGCAGAAUAGGGUUAGGAUGAUUGUGGAUUGUAAUGCUUCUCCUGUUAGGGUUUUUCAGGAUGAGGCGCUUGUUCAGCCUGUUUGUUUGGUUGGGAGUACGCUUCGUGCUCCUCAUGGUUGUCAUGCUCAGUACAUGGCAAAUAUGGGUUCUAUUGCUUCUUUGGCUAUGGCUGUUAUUAUUAAUGGGAAUGAUGAACACGCCGGUGGGAUUGCUGGUACUGGAUGUAGCUCCAUGAGGCUUUGGGGUCUUGUUGUUUGUCAUCAUACUUCUGCUAGGUGUAUUCCUUUUCCUCUUAGGUAUGCUUGUGAGUUUCUAAUGCAGGCUUUUGGGCUUCAGUUGAAUAUGGAGCUUCAGUUGGCUGUGCAGUCGUUGGAGAAGCGGGUUUUGAAGACGCAGACUCUGUUGUGUGAUAUGUUACUUAGGGAUUCUCCUACAGGGAUUGUUACUCAGAGUCCUAGUAUUAUGGACUUGGUUAAGUGUGAUGGGGCUGCUUUGUAUUAUCAAGGAAACUACCACCCAAUGGGUGUUACCCCAACCGAGUCUCAGAUAAGGGAUAUCAUAGAUUGGUUGUUGGCCUUUCAUAGUGAUUCGACGGGUUUGAGUACUGAUAGUUUGGCUGAUGCUGGUUAUCCUGGGGCUGCUUCUCUCGGGGAUGCAGUUUGUGGGAUGGCUGUUGCGUAUAUCACUGAGAAAGACUUUCUUUUCUGGUUCAGAUCUCAUACGGCUAAAGAAAUUAAAUGGGGUGGUGCAAAGCAUCACCCGGAGGAUAAGGACGAUGGGCAGAGAAUGCAUCCCCGUUCUUCCUUCAAGGCCUUUCUAGAAGUGGUGAAGAGCCGUAGUAUGCAGUGGGAAAAUGCAGAAAUGGAUGCAAUUCACUCCUUGCAGCUUAUCCUGCGAGACUCGUUUAAGGAAGCUGAGAAUAACGAUUCAAAGGCUGUUGUGCAUACCCAUAUGGCAGAACUAGAGUUGCAAGGGGUGGAUGAACUGAGUUCUGUGGCUAGAGAAAUGGUCAGGUUGAUAGAAACAGCCACUGCUCCCAUAUUUGCUGUUGAUGUCGAUGGCCGCAUCAAUGGGUGGAAUGCAAAGGUUUCUGAAUUGACAGGACUUCUGGUAGAGGAGGCUAUGGGCAAGUCUUUGGUCCAUGAUCUUGUGUAUAAAGAGUCUCGAGAAGCUGUGGACAAGCUUCUUUCUCAUGCCUUAAAAGGUAUUCUUUCUAAAUUUCUGGUUUCAUGUCGAUUCAUUGUGUCUAUUAGCAGGAGUACUCAGAUUAAGUUAUUAGGAAGAACAUACAUCUUACCAAACAUGACAGGUGAAGAAGAUAAGAAUGUUGAAAUAAAAAUGAAGACUUUUGGCCCGGGGAAUCAAAAUAAGGCAGUUUUUAUAGUGGUGAAUGCUUGCUCGAGCAAGGAUUAUACAAAUAAUAUAGUUGGAGUGUGUUUUGUUGGCCAGGAUGUUACUGGUCAAAAAGUUGUAAUGGACAAAUUCAUUAACAUACAAGGUGACUACAAGGCUAUUGUGCAUAGUCCAAAUCCAUUGAUCCCUCCCAUUUUUGCAUCGGAUGACAACACAUGUUGCUUAGAGUGGAACAAUGCUAUGGAAAAGCUCAGCGGUUGGAGCCGUGGAGAUGUCAUUGGCAAAAUGUUGGUAGGAGAGGUUUUUGGUAGUUUCUGUCAGUUGAAGGGUUCAGAUGCUAUGACAAAAUUCAUGAUUGUUUUGCACAAUGCACUUGGUGGACAUGACACGGAAAAAUUCCCGUUGUCAUUUCUUGACAGACAUGGAAAGUAUGUACAGACUUUCUUGACCGCAAAUAAGAGGGUUAACAUGGAUGGUCAGAUCAUUGGAGCUUUUUGCUUUUUACAAAUUGUGAGCCCUGAACUUCAACAGGCUCUGACAGUCCAGAAACAACAGGAUAGUAGUUCCUUUGCUAGAAUGAAAGAGUUAGCUUAUAUUUGUCAAGAAGUAAAGAAUCCCUUGAGUGGCAUACGCUUUACAAACUCUCUUUUGGAGUCUACAUGCCUGACUGAUGAGCAAAAACAGCUUCUUGAGACUAGUGCUGCUUGUGAGAAGCAAAUGCUGAAGAUAAUACGGGACAUUGCUCUGGAAAGCAUCGAGGAUGGAUCCCUGGAGCUUGAUAAGCGGGAAUUCUUGCUCGAGAAUGUCAUAAAUGCAGUUGUUAGCCAAGUAAUGAUAGUGCUAAGAGAUAGAAAGUUACAGUUAAUUCGUGAUAUUCCUGAAGAAAUCAAGGCAUUGGCUGUUUAUGGUGAUCAACUGAGGAUUCAACAAGUCUUGGCUGAUUUCUUAAUGAAUGUGGUACGCUAUGCACCAUCUCCAGAUGGUUGGGUAGAGAUUCAUGUAUUUCCAAGAAUAAAACAAAUUUCAGACGGGCUCACUAUUCUGCAUGCUGAAUUUAGGAUGGUGUGUCCUGGUGAAGGUCUUCCGCCUGAAUUGAUUCAAGACAUGUUCCAUAACAGUCGGUGGGUGACUCAAGAAGGCUUAGGGCUGAGCAUGAGCAGGAAGAUUAUAAAGUUAAUGAAUGGCGAAGUCCAGUAUGUAAGGGAGGCAGAACGGUGCUACUUCUUAGUUCUUCUUGAACUACCUGUGACACGGAGAAGCUCUAAAACUGUUAAUUAG